AUGCCGCCGAAAAAAGAUAUUAAAGAUGGAGAAGAACGAGAAUCACGUGACACCACAUCCUAUAUCUCGUUUGCAGAUGUGGAGAAGUCGAUGACGUCAUUUAGUGGUGAUGAUUCUUACCCGAUUUCAACAUGGUUUGAAGAAUUUGAGGACACGGCACUGUUGAUGAGCUGGACUGAAGUAGAAAAACUGAUUUACGCGAAAAGACUCCUAAGUGGAACUGCAAAACUAUUUCUACGAUCGCUCGGAGGUGUAAAAGAUUAUAAAAAAUUAAAACAAGAACUCGAAGAUGAAUUUGGAUCUAAAUUGAAUAGUGCCGCCAUACAUAAAAAACUAAGCUCAAGAAAAAUGAAGAAAGAUGAAACUUACCAGCAGUAUUUUCUCCAUAUGAAAGAAUGUGCAUUACAUGGAAACAUCGAAGAUGCAGCACUUAUGGAGUACGUUAUUGAUGGUAUCCAAGACAGCGAAUCUAAUAAAUCUAUUUUGUACGGAGCGUCAAACCUUAAAGAAUUUAGAAAGAAAUUAGAUAUUUACAAAAGUAUUAAAGAAAAGACCCAGACUCGACCCAGUGUAUCUACUCCAUUUGCAAAGAAUAAUAAAAUAAAGCGAUGUUUUAAUUGCGGGGACCUAGAUCAUCAAGCCCCGACCUGCACGAAGGGUAUUAAGUGCUUCCGAUGCAAUGAAUUUGGGCAUAAGGGAACUCAGUGUAAUAAUAAAGGUAAAAAGACUUUAAAUAUUCAAAAGACUGACACGAAAAUUAAGACUGAUAAAGAAGACAAAGAAUUAGAAACUCCAUAUAAGAAGAUAAAGAUAAAUGAUGUCGAAAUUACAGCAUUAAUUGACACUGGGAGUGACGUGAAUUUGAUAAAGUUAUCUGAAGUUGAAAAAAUUAUGACAGAAAAAGUUAUCUAUGACAAAGAAAAAUCAAUACACCUAACUGGAAUUGCUGGAAAAGAACUAAAUACUAAAGGAUUUCUGAAAGUUAAGGUUUUGAUUGAUGAUUAUUAUGCUGACUUGGAAUUUCACGUAGUACAAGAUUAUGCUUUACUUACUUUAGAGAUUAUUGUCAUACUUGGAAAUCCUAUCCUCAAAGAUUUUGAAAUCAAUUUUACUCGUGAUGGUAUUUUCCUUGAAAAGAUUUCUUACCUUACACUACUGGCAGAAGAGAAUAACACUAUUUGUGAUGAACAUUACCCUGAAAAUAAAGAAAUUGCAGAUAAGGUUACAAAGCUAAUUAAAGAAUAUAAAACUAAUGCUAAAAAGAAGGAAAGUAACGUUGAGAUGAAGAUAAUACUUACCGAAGAAGACCCGAUACAUCAAAGUCCACGUCGAUUGUCACCACUGGAAAUGAAAGUUGUUGAUGAACAAAUAAAAGAAUGGCUAGACCAAAAGAUUAUACGACCCAGCAAAUCAGAUUUUGCAAGCCCUGUAGUUCUAGCUAAAAAGAAAGAUGGAACAUACAGACUUUGUAUAGAUUAUAGAAAGUUGAAUAAAAGAAUAGUGAAAGACCGAUUCCCAUUACCUCUUAUAGAAGAUCAGAUUGACAGAUUGAAGGGUGCAAAAGUUUUCACGACUUUAGAUUUGAAGAACGGAUUUAUGCAUGUGAAUGUGCAUGAAGAAAGCAGGAAGUUUACGGCCUUUAUAACUCCGCAAGGGCAGUAUGAAUUCAUGAAAAUGCCGUUCGGUCUUUGCACGGCGCCGUCAGUAUUCCAAAGAUAUGUCAACCAUGUCUUUCAAGAUCUUAUUUCUGACGGUACUGUCCUUGCCUACUUGGAUGAUUUGAUUUUACCCUCGGAGUCAGAAGAAGAAGGAUUGGAGAAGCUGGUAAAAGUGUUCCAAAGAGCUGAAGAGUACGGUCUUUUAUUUAACUGGAAGAAAUGCCACUUCAUGAAGAGGGAGAUAGAAUAUUUAGGCUAUAUAAUACGGAAUAAUGAAUUACGCCCGUCAAAAGAAAAGAUUUCAGCCGUAUCAAGAUUUAAAACCCCUCAUAACAUCAAGUCUUUACAGUCUUUUUUAGGACUGUCUGGUUAUUUUAGAAAGUUCAUCAAAAAUUAUUCUAUAAUUGCAAAACCACUUACCAAUUUAUUGAAGAAAGACGUUGAAUUCAAUUUUGAUGAAGAGUGCGAAAUGGCUUUCAAUGAAUUGAAAAGAAUAUUGUGUAGUUCACCUGUGUUACGGAUUUAUGAUCCAGACCUAGCAACAGAACUACACACAGAUGCUAGUGCAGAAGGUUAUGGCGCCGUUCUGUUACAGAAAAGUCCUACAGAUAAUCAAAUGCAUCCAGUCUACUACAUGAGCAAAAAAACGACACCCGCUGAAAGAAAGUAUCACAGCUAUUACUUGGAAAUACUGGCGAUUGUUGAAGCUGUCAAGAAAUUCCGUGUCUAUCUACUAGGAAUUCGUUUUAAAAUCAUAACAGAUUGCUCUGCUCUUACUAAAACAUUACAGAAGAAAGACUUACCUCCACGUGUUGCUCGAUGGGCUCUGCUCCUAGAAGAGUAUAAUUAUGAGAUAGAACACAGGUCAGGAUCAAGACUUAAACAUGCUGACGCACUAAGCCGAAACCCUGUCUGCUUGAUACUUACCGAAGCUGCUGCCCGUUUGAAGAGAGCUCAAGACGACGACCCUCAUAUCAGUCUGUUAAAGAAAAUGUUAGAAAAAGAACCCUAUCAAGACUUUAUUAUGGAAAGAGGAAUAUUAUGCAAAGAGAAAGAUGGUACGAGACUGAUUGUAGUUCCAAAGAAAAUGCAGAACGAAAUAAUAAGGAAGAAGCAUGAUUAUGGACAUUUUGGAGUUAGAAAAACAGAAGAGCUUGUGAGUCGAGAGUAUUAUGUUGAGAAUCUGAAGGAGAAGAUUAGAAAAGUUAUAGAUAAUUGUGUAGAAUGUAUUCUGAUUGAACAGAAAAAGGGAAAGAAAGAAGGAUUCUUACAUCCACUAGACAAAGGUGAUGUCCCGUUGUCGACGUAUCAUAUUGAUCAUCUUGGUCCAUUGACGUCUACUAAUAAAAAUUAUAAGUACAUUUUUACGGUAGUUGAUGGCUUUACCAAAUUUACUUGGAUCUAUCCUACGAAAUCUUUGUCCACAGAUGAAACGUUGGACAAACUGAGAGUGCAACAACAAACCUUUGGUUCCCCUCAGAGGAUUAUUUCCGAUCGUAACGCCGCAUUUACUUCAAAAGACUUUCAAGACUAUUGUGAACAAGAAGGCAUAACUCAUUAUACAAUUACUACAGGACAACCCCGCGGAAACGGGCAAGUAGAAAGAAUCCACCAAAUCAUAAUAAGUGUUAUAAGUAAAUUGAGCGCUGAUGAUCCGACGAAGUGGUAUAAACAAGUUUCCAAAGUGCAACGCUGUCUGAAUAGUACAUGGCAAAGAAGUAUUGGAAUGACUCCAUUCGAGUUACUUUUUGGAACCAAAAUGAAAGAUGAGAAUGAAAAAAUUAUGAAAUUAAUAGAAGAAGAAGAAGUUAAGAACUAUAAUGAGCAAAGGAAUGAAUUAAGAUUAAAGGCAAAAGAGUCAAUACAAAAGAUGCAAGAAGAGAAUGUUAAAAAUUAUAAUAGGAAAAGAAAAAAGGCUACCGAAUACAAAGUUGAUGAUUUAGUUGCUAUUAAACGAACACAAUUUACUCAAGGAAGUAAAUUGUAUCCUAAGUAUCUAGGACCUUACGCAGUGACAGCCAAAAAGCAUCAUGAAAGGUACGCUGUAAGAAAAGUUGGUGAAUGCGAAGGGCCCAUCAACACAACAACCUCGGCUGAUCUCAUGAAGCCAUGGGUCGAUGAAGACGUAGAUGAAUAUUCAUCUGAGUCAGAUGAAUGA